ACAUAACCUCGCUUGGCGUAAUCUUUUUUGUACAAGGCAAACUUUGAUAGAUGGUAAAGGACAUGCGUCUUUAUUUAUUGUGUGUAUAUGUGAGUCUGGCUGUCAAACGCUGUGGGUGUCUAAAUAUGAUGUAUAAGCUUAGCUCUAUUCAAUCAGAUAUUGGUAAGACAUAGCACACACGGGGAGAGGGAAAUCAUAUUGCAUUAAAUAGAUGAAUGCGAAAUAUUGAUUUCGGUAAAUUGUUUGAUACUAUCACUUAGUUAUAUGACAGGUCUCCCAAGCAUCAUUUGUGAAAGCUUGGACGGAGUCCAAUCACGUAGAUAUAUCCAUACACACACAUAUACUACUAUAUUGAAUUUAAAGUCCCCGCACCCCUCCAUUUGUCCUCGAUGGAAUAUCCAUUAUGGCUGACAGAGCUGCCCAGCACUGACAUUUUAUCUAAUAAAUGAAGGCAAGCCACAGUGAUGAAAGGUAACAAACAAUGCAAGGAUGAUUACAUAAAGGCAGGAGGGGAUAGACGCCAGCUGUCAGCGGUCCACAGCGUUUCAACCACUGGCCUCUCUAAGCGCAUUAGCCCACCUUUUGUUGUGGUUGGAGGGACAGUUGGUAAAUUUGCCAGCAAGGGAAAUUCAGGAGCGUACAAAACAGAAUUCAUUAGCCACAUUAGCAUCAGCACUUACCACAAAUUGGUCCACAUAAAUCCACAUAAGAUCGAAUGCUUACACUGGUGCUCUUGCUUUCUCUGGAUUUGUCAUACUAUGCAUCAUGCUAAUGUUAACAUGUCGAGUGAAUUUUAAAUGAAGAAUUAAGGAUUUUAUCCGAUCUUUUUGCAGCUUUCUGAUUCUGGGAUCUACACCUGUGUGGCUGCUAGCUCGAGUGGCGAAACGUCAUGGAGCGCCUUCCUGGAAGUGAAAGAAUCCGGUGGGAUGGUACUGAUUAAGAACAGAGAAGAGGGUGAACUUCCUGGUCCGCCCUCCAAACCUCAGGUCACUGACGUCACCAAGAACAGCGUGUCUCUGUCCUGGCAGCCGGGCCUGGUCGGAGCCUCGCCCAUCACUUCAUAUGUGAUUGAAGCAUUCAGCCAAUCUGUGAGUAACAGCUGGCAGACGGUUGCGGAUCACGUUAAAACCACCCAGUUCACCAUUAAAGGCCUCCGACCCAAUACCAUCUACCUGUUCAUGGUGCGUGCCGUCAACACACAGGGCCUGAGUGACCCGAGUCCCAUGUCUGAACCAGUGCGUACCCAAGAUAUCAGUCCUCCAGCGAAGGGUGUAGAUCACAGGCAUGUACAGAAAGAGCUCGGUGAGGUCAUCGUCCGGCUACACAACCCCGUGGUCCUCAGCCCCACCACCAUUCAGGUCACCUGGACCGUGGACCGCCAGUCUCAGUUCAUCCAGGGUUAUAGAGUUUUGUACAGGCAGACGUCGGGGCUGUCCUCGCCGGGGCCGUGGCAGACCCAGGACGUGAAGGUUUCCUCGGAGAGGACCAUCGUGCUCUCGUCGCUGAAGAAAGGCAUCAUGUACGAGGUCAAAGUCCGACCGUACUUCAACGAGUUUCAGGGAAUGGACAGCGAAUCCAAAACAACGAGGACCGCUGAAGAACCUCCCAGCGCUCCACCACAGCAGGUGACGGUCCUCACAGUGGGAAAUCAGAACAGCACCUCCAUCAGCAUCUCCUGGGACCCGCCUCCUUCCGAGCACCAGAACGGCAUCAUUCAGGAGUACAGGAUCUGGUGUUUGGGGAACGAGACCCGUUUCCACGUCAAUAAGACGGUGGACGCGGCGAUCCGCUCGGUGGUGGUGGGCGGACUGCAGGCUGGCUUGCUGUACCGGGUGGAGGUGGCGGCAAGCACCAGCGCAGGAGUCGGAGUGAAGAGCGAACCUCAGCCCAUCAUCAUCGGUAAAGAUUUCCGAGAUGUGAUCGUGAGCGGGGACAAGAAUAACAGCAUCACGGAGCAGAUCACGGACGUGGUGAAGCAGCCGGCGUUCAUCGCGGGGAUCGGUGGAGCAUGCUGGGUAAUCCUCAUGGGCUUCAGCAUCUGGCUGUACUGGAGGAGGAAGAAGAGGAAAGGACUCAGUAACUACGCUGUAACGUUCCAGCGUGUUGACGGAGGCUUGAUGAGCAACGGAAGUCGUCCUGGUAUCCUAAAUGCCGGCGAGGCGAGUUAUCCUUGGCUAGCGGACUCCUGGCCGGCCACCAGCAUGCCUGUUAACAGCAGCUCCGGAGGACCCAGCGACCUCGGUAACUUCGGACGUGGAGACGUCAUGCCUGCCGGUCAGACGGAUAAAACAGGUACCAUGAUGUCUGACGGCGCCAUCUACAGCAGCAUCGACUUCACGACUAAGGCAGGAUUUGGCAGCGCGAGCCCGGCGUCGCAGGCCACUCCGUACGCCACCACGCAGAUCCUCCACUCCAACAGCAUCCACGAGCUGGCGGUGGAUCUGCCCGAGGCCCAGUGGAAGAGCUCGCUGCAGGCCAAACAGGAAAUGACCAACCUGGGCUACUCACUACCCGAUAAGACCUCCUGCAACAACAGUGGAAAAGGAGGGAAGAAGAAAAAGACCAAAGUAGGAGCCAAACCCACGAAGACCAACAGCUCCAACUGGGCAAACGUCCCGUUACCACCUCCUCCUAUCCAUCCUCUACCAGGCACGGAGCUGGAGCACUACACCACCGAGCACCAUGAAGGAGGAGGCUAUGACAGUGAUGGUUGGGGACACCCUCUGCCCAUGCAGACGUACCUACACCAGGGACUGGAGGAUGAGCUGGAGGAAGAGGAGGAGCGUGUGCCAACUCCACCCGUCCGCGGUGUGGCGUCGUCUCCGGCAGCCAUGUCCUUCGGGAAGCAGUCCACGGCGACGCUGACUCCGUCCCCUCGAGACGAGAUGCAGCCCAUGCUGCACGGACAUCUGGACGAGCUCGCGCGGCAGUACCAGCUGGACAUGGCCAAGCAAACAUGGCACAUGCAGGGAGGCCCGUAUCCUCCUCAAGCCCCUGCUCCUCCCGUGGGCUACAUGUCCAGCACCCUCAUGUCCGACAUUGAAACAGAUCUCGCUGACGAAGACGAGGAUGAUGAUGAGGAGGAGGAGGAGGAGGAGGAAGAUGAAGGUUACAAGAUGUCACCACCGCCGCACCGGUGCAUUGAAAACACACCAGGAUCCAGCAUGGACAACUUGGACAGCUCUGUAACAGGAUCCAUGGUGAAUGGGUGGGGCUCGGCAUCGGAGGAGGACGACCGGCCCUUUUCCAGCCACAGGUCCAGUGCAGGGAGCUCCUCCGACGGCUCUCUGUUCACCCACUGCAGCUUUGCCCGUGCGUUGGCAGCGGCCGCCGAUAAGGCAGGCUACCGCCUGGAUGGCACCAGCCUCACCAAGAGAGAUCAAUGCCUGGCCCUGAGGGCUCGCCCAGCCAGUCCGUUCUCUACAGACGGCAGCACUGUGGGGACGCACAGCCUCGGCCACCAGCGGGCAGCACGGCCCACUCGCAAAAACAGAGGACCAGGUACGGCUGUGCACCGCAGGGAUGCUAAUGCUGAUGACCUACCUCCACCUCCAGAGCCCCCGCCGUGCCAGGGCCUGCGUGCCCAGGGGCCGAGGAGCGUAGGAAACGUAGGCAGCCCUGGAGAACAGAAGGCCUCGUCUCUGGAGAGGCAGCAUAUGGCUGGCCGGGAUGAGGUGAAGAGCUCUCUGGAGAGGCAGACACGUACGUCUCUGGAGCGCCACAGACAUGGCCAAGAACGACUCGGCUCCAUGGAGAGAGCGGACGAGGCCAGGAGAGCACAGAAGAACGGCCCUGUUUCAGAAGAGGCCAUGCUACCCUAUAGCAAACCAUCGUUCCCAUCCCCUGGGGGUCACAGUUCAUCUGGAACCACGUCCUCCAAAGGAUCGACGGGUCCUCGUAAAGGAGAGGGGUCACGAGGUCAGCACCAGCGCUCCAACGCCGAGCACGGCGACUCCGGCUACAUCGGGACCAACGGCCAGGGACAGUACUCCGGAGAGUUAUAGUGAGAAGCUGUGGAUCGAAGCUGGAAUUUAAAAAACAAAAAAGAAAACGCUUUUUCCUGCUUCGGAGACGCCUCGGAGAGCCGCUCGGCGCAACGGACUGGCGUCAGAAGGAAGAACCGAUCCCACAGAAGGUGAAGACGGAAACGACGUAUUGUAAAUGUGAUGUAAAGACAGACAGUCCCGCGAUGUUGAUUUUGAUGUUUUCUGUCCUUUUUUCAAGAACAAAUGAAAUACUUUCAAACACUUCAAUACUGACAGCCAUUCAUCCAGAGAAGAAGAAGAAAAAAAUGUUUAAAAAAAAAAAACCGAAGAAGAAUCUCAUUUUGAGUCUUUUAGUGAACUGGGGGGAAAAAAGGGGGAACACAUUUCCUGUAAAUAUGAGAUUUCUCAUUGAAAAUCGUUAUUGCAUGGCUAUGCAAGCCGGAUUCCGUUCGCUCACGUCUUCAUUUGUAGUAUAUGUGGAUUGAAAUUUGAAAUUUGGCAGGCCGUGGUGCCAUAACGAUUUCAUGGAUUUCUUCAUCCGUCUGUCGUUUUUUUUGUUUGUUUGUUUGUUUGUUUGUUUAAUUGUUGUUAUUAUCGGAACGAUUUUCUUUUGCACUGCAAUUUUGGUGAAAAGCACAAAAAUAAAUAAAUAAAUAAAACAUCGCUCCCGCUGACAUGAAGCACCGGGGGAGAGGAGAUUAUAUGAUGACGAGUUGCUGUACUGUAAUUAGAGGAAAAAGAAAAAAAUUAUAUAGCCAUGUACAGAGAUAUAUUAAACUAGGCCUGUGUGUUCAGUGCAGGGUUUGUGGAGAGGCUUCGAGGUGUUAUUUGCAGCAAAGGGGUUUUUCUGAGGCUAUGACGGAGAGACAGGAAACAUGCCUGAAUAAACCUUUUUGAAUAAACUUCAAAUCCAAAAAGUUCAAAUACACCACUGAGCCAAAACGUUAUUACCGCCUGCCUAAUAUGCCGUCGGUCCUCCACGUGCCGCCAAAACAGCUCCGAGCUGCUGAGGCAUGAACUCUGCAAGACCUCUGAAGGUGUGCUGUGGUUUCUGGCACCAAGACGUUAGCAGCAGAGCCUUUACGUCGUGGAGCACUGCGGAUCGGAUUUGUUUUUCCGGCACGUUCCACAGAUUGAGAUCUAAGGAAUUCGGAGGCCGGGGCAACACCUUGAACUCUUUGUUGUGUUCCUUAAACCGUUCCUGAACCCUUUCCUGGUCCUCAGUGAUGCGUAUGUUGGUGGUGUGUGUCAAUCUGACGUCCACAUGAAUGCCCAGACCAGAACAUUGCUCAAAACAUCACACUGGCUUGUAUUCUUCCUACAGUGCCAUCCUGGUGCCAUCUCUUCCCCAGGUAAACGCAACAAACAUACUCUGCCCUCCACGUGGAAACAGGGCU